AUGCUUUUGAGUGCUUAAAUUUGAAGUUUAUAAGUGUGAAAUUUGUAACAAAAUAGUUAUCCAUAACGUCUAUUAGUGUUUAUUCAAUAGCCCAAAUUUUGUUUUCAAAACUAUUAGCAAACCCAUUCCAAGAAAAUACCAACGCACACAAAGCGCUCGUCUGGCUUCUCCAUAUGUUGGAUAUCUUUCUCGUCGACUGUCGCGUUCCUCAGUCAUUGUUUAGCUUGCGUCGGUAGCGGUUGUUAUCUAACGGAAAUUUCCAAGUCAUUCUGUCUGUAGGUCAAGCAAAAAUAAAUACUGAGAACUUUGUUUAUCAGUGUAGUACGUCUGCAGAAAAAGUGCAAAAUAGCAGAAAUUACUAAAAUUAACUAUCACACGUAACCAGCGCUAGCUACAGCUGAUACGAACAUUUGUACGUAAUAUUGCUGGAUAAAUGGCGCAGCAGUUGCAGCAGGUUUUUAAAACGGCCGUCAAGGUCACGGGCACGGGACGAACGAUGUCGACCGGUAUGAUGGGCUCAAUGGAAGCUCACCUAACGCCGAAGAGCUCUCACCGUUUGCAUGUAUCCGUGCAGCGGGACUACCCAGCAGCGGACGCUUUACCGCUUCCUGUCAACAUUGAUCCGGCCGAAACGACCCGUUUCUCGCCGCAACGUGCCCGUGACAUCAAUUCGUCAGCGAUUCUUACGCAUCAAUCGUCGUACGUGGCAAACCACAUCGAUGUGACUGUGGACAAUUCCCGUGCGGCAGAAAGUGGCAUGGAUCCACACGUUCAAUCAUACGAUUGCCGCGGUGCCGUCAAUUUGAAUUCUGCUAUGCAAAGUAACGUUCCAAGUCCGUUCGGGGGACUGCACAAGUUUACUCAUCUAAAUAUGCCAGGUGGUGGCUGGGCUCAAGAGGGCAAAUUUUUGGCCCAAGAUUUGCAUUCUUCGCACUACACCAAUUUACGCAAGGAGGUGCGCUCCAAUUGGUCUGUCUAUGAGGAUAAAGCGCAAAAAGGUACAUUAGGUUUAUUAGUAGCAGGCCAUUAUAACAAGCUACUUCAGCAGCAUACUAACCCUAUAAAUAGUAACGGUAGCAUUAGGUAUUUUUCGCUUGAUUGUGUUGCAAUGUGUGCACAAGACACUUCGAGAGCUAAACAAGUGACUGAGGAACCAACGAAAGCGAUGCCCGUCACACGGAAGGAACGCCUGAAGAAAGCUGUUAAGGAGUACGGCUCCACGGUCAUUGUAUUUCAUGUUGGAAUCAGCUUGGCAUCGUUGGGUGCAUGUUAUGUUUUAGUUUCUAGCGGAAUAGACAUGGUAGCCUUACUAGACCGUCUCGGCUGGGCGGAUUCGGCACUGGCUAGUAAGACCGGUACCGGUGCCGGGACGUUCGUGAUCGCCUACGCAAUCCACAAAGUGUUUGCUCCCGUUAGAAUAAGUAUUACUCUAGGAGCUACGCCGUUCAUAGUUCGGUAUUUGCGUAAACGCGGAAUUUUAAAGCCACCAUCUUCACCAACAAACGUAACUAAAUGAUUCAUUUUGUAAUGCAGCCUUUUGUGAAUUUGUAUUCAUUUAACCCACGGUAUAAAAUAAAAAAUAGAUUGUGAUAAAAUGUGAAUUUAUCAGACAAAUAUAGCUAUUAGUUCGUAUGCUUUGCGAAAU